AUGUACGCCCAAAAGAUCACUGUUGCCGUGGCGCUGCUCGCCCUCGGAGCAAACGCUCUUCCUACCAGUGCCGACGAGGCUUGGACCAACGCUCUCAAAGAGAGAAGCACCAGCGACGAGGCAUGGACCAAUGCUCUGAAGGAGAGGAGCACCAGCGACGAGGCAUGGACCAACGCCCUCAAAGAGAGGAGCACCAGUGAUGAGGCCUGGACCAAUGCCUUGAAGGAGAAGCGCGGUUCCGCCGACGAGGCAUGGACUAAUGCCCUGAAGGAGAAGCGCAGCUCCGCCGACGAGGCAUGGACCAACGCCCUGAAGGAGAAGCGCGGCUCAGCGGAUGAGGCAUGGACUAAUGCCCUGAAGGAGAAGCGCGGCUCCGCCGACGAGGCAUGGACCAACGCCCUCAAAGAGAGGAGCACCAGUGAUGAGGCCUGGACCAAUGCCUUGAAGGAGAAGCGCGGUUCCGCCGACGAGGCAUGGACUAACGCCCUGAAGGAGAAGCGCGGCUCUGCCGACGAGGCAUGGACUAACGCCCUGAAGGAGAAGCGCGGCUCUGCCGACGAGGCAUGGACUAACGCCCUGAAGGAGAAGCGCGGCUCCGCCGACGAGGCAUGGACCAACGCCCUGAAGGAGAAGCGCGGCUCCGCCGACGAGGCAUGGACCAACGCCCUGAAGGAGAAGCGCGGCUCUGCCGACGAGGCCUGGACCAAUGCCCUCAAAGAGUAA